AGGAUGCUGGGAGCUGCUAUUUAUGCAGAAAGCAGCCGAUCGCGGCAGGUACUUGUGCGUUCGUCGGGAGAGGCAGAGAUAAUGGCAGAGGGGGAUAACCGGAGCACGAACCAGCUGGCUGCAGAGACUGCCAGCCUCGAGGAACAUUUCAGAGGAUGGGGUGACGUCAUUCUGGUCAUUGAUCGUGUUCUUCGUUGGGAGAAGCCAUGGUUUCCAGCCGUUGUGAUGGGAGCGGUGUCUUUUGUGUUUUUGCUGAUUUACUACUUGGACCCUUCUGUCCUCUCCGGGGUGUCCUGCUUUGUCAUGCUCCUGUGCCUGGCGGACUACCUGGUCCCAACUCUUGCUCCCAGGGUUUUUGGCUUCAAAGAGUGGACCACUGAGCAGCAACAAAGAUUUCACGAGAUCUGCAGCAACCUGGUGAAAACUCGCAGAAGGCUCAUCGGUUGGUGGAAACGUCUCUUUGUCCUGAAAGAGGAAAAACCCAAAAUGUACUUCAUGUCUAUGAUAUCUGCUCUUGCUGCGGUUGCUUGGAUUGGACAACAGGUUCAUAACCUUUUCCUCACAUACCUUAUCGCGAGCUUCUUGCUGUUGCUUCCCGGUCUCAACAAACAUGGAAUAAUCACGAAAUAUGUCGGAAUGGGAAAGCGAGAAAUCAACAAACUCCUGAAACUCAAGGAAAAGAAGAACGAAUGAGCUGCUCGGCAAAUGCAAAAAAUGGCAACUUCUAUGACAGCGUUUUUUUUUAUAAUUUUAUUUUUGUCAAUAUUUGUGUUUUUGGGGAGGGGAAAAAAACCCAUCAGUUUUCAUGCUACCGUUCGCUUCCCCAAUAACUGCCGAUGCUGUGUCUUUUUAAACUGGUUGCACUGAAACCGUUCCCGUUUCUUUGGCGUACAGAGUAUCGCUAUUCCUUGGAGAGUGUGUUUUAAAAACUGCUGUAUUGUUUCAUCUCCGAACCAACGUCCUGACCGCGACACCUGCGUACCUUUACCACUUUUAUCCUUUUUCUGAUUUUUGUAAAUAUACUUUUUUUUAAUGUUUGUCUCGAUGUAGAAUGCUUUUUAUUUGUUGGAGGAAUCUAAAUGUUUGUCUUCCUAACGCCCGUGGAUGUAGUAAAAAAAAAAAAAAAAAAAAAAAA